AUGGAGCCUGAUGUACCUGAUGCACCUGAUGCACCUGAUGCACAUGACGCACAUGACGCACCUGACGCCGCACCUGACGCACCUGGCGCACCUGUUCCUGAUCCAGACUUGAUAGAUCAGGGCAAUGUCGACACACUCCUGAAGGACGUGGAAAGCAGGAACCAGGAGAUAAUGGAUCUGAGAGCAUUGUUGGAGACAGAACGAUUGGAUAAGAUUGCAAAGCUCGGAGCUUAUCAUGACUUGACAGCAUGCAGUAUAGAGAGGAGUUACAUGGAUGCACAUGUUGACCAACUUCAGAAACAGUUGGCAGAGGCCACAACAUUGAACAAUACAUAUUUUAUCCAGAACGAUCAGCUGCAUCAUCAAGUCACCAAGCUCAAGGAGAGGAAUGACGAAUAUGAGAACAUAAAGUUCGGUCACAUGAGAGAGUUGUCCGAUCGCAACAAUCAAAUUAGCAAUCUCAAAGCUCAGGUCGAAGGUAUCGAGAAGGAGUUGGAGACAAGCAACACCGACAAGGCUACACUAGGGACAGACAAUACUAAACUCAAGAAUGAGUUGAAGUCAAGCAACACCGACAAGGCUACACUAGAGAAAGACAAUGCUAAACUGAAGAAUGAGUUGAAGUCAAGCAAAACAAGAAUGAUAAUGCUUGGUUUAGCGGCUAUAUUUCUGAUUGGGGCAAUGGCGUGGUAUCAAGGUCCUUUAUCUAGUCAGUCGGACAUCACCCCAAUUGUUGGAGCAACAGUCAAUCAAACAUGUGAUUGUCCAUUGCCUAUCGCAUGCCCCUCUGAUGUUGGUGCCACUACAGCGACAACCGAUGAUAGUGUUGGUGUUGGUGUUGGUGGACCAGACGAGGCUGGAGGCGCAUCAGAAGACACAGAUGUAUCAACUUUGGCUAAGGAGAUGGAGGAAUCAGUAUUCGAUAAAAUGGAGCAACUUAAGUUGACCUGGUUCAAAGACUUUGAAACUCAAAUGAAGGAACAUAAGCUAUGUGGAAAUUGCAACAAUGGCAAUGGCAACAAUGGCAAUGGCAACGGCAACAAUGGCAAUGGAAAUGGCAAUAAUGGCAAUGGCAACGGUAAUGGUAACAGGAAUGGCAAUGGCAACAAUGGCAAUGGCAAUGGUCAUCAUCAUUGGAAGAAUAGACAGACAGCUAGUAGUGACCUCGACCGAGACAACACAAACUUAAGAGCCAGUUUCGGAGCUUCUUUGAACAGAUUGUUCAUAGAUGUAAUCCAUGUCGUGUUUAAGGGCAAGAGGAAUAAACCAUCGAACCGCCGAUCGACUGGUGUUUAG